GAGAGCUCCACCCCCCUCCCGGGCUAGCUUUGGGUAGUGAUUGACUGGGGAGGGAGGGAGUUUGGUCCCAGUUUGCGGAGGCUGACGGCCGGGAGAGCGAGCGGGAGCUCAUCGCUGGCGGAGAGCGGGCUGAGCAGCGGCGCCGCGCCAGUGUGAAGCCGCUUCUCCGGCGGCUGCAGCGCCCGGACUGUUCGGCCUGUUGGGGGUAUAUUACCCCACCCCGAGUCGGGUUCGCAUCCACCCGGGGGCGGCUGCGGCUUUUUUUUUUGGUGUGUGUCUGAUUAAAGCAUUUGAUCAGAGCGCCCAAGUGCCGCUGCCGGAUAUCGGUGCGUGUUGUGUUGAGUGUGUGUGUGCAGUCUCGUUGCCAGGAUGGAUUCGGGAAUGUGUCCCCGGAACACGGCUCGCCUUCUGCUGCUGGCGGCGGUCUUGCCAGUUUUUCAGGCGCAGACGGUGACGGUGGAUGACAGCUUGUCUGGAUUUAUUGGCACCAGUGUGGUUUUGCAAUGCACUUUCGUAAACAACGAUCCCAAAAUCAAAAUCACUCAAGUCACAUGGCAAAAGGCAACCAAUGGGUCCAAGCAAAACAUUGCCAUUUUCCACCCAUCUAUGGGGGUCUCUGUCCUGCCACCGUACCAAGAUAGAGUAUCUUUCCAAAAUCGGUCUCUAAAUGAUGCCACAAUCGAGCUGUCCAGGUUAGAACUGAUGGAUGAAGGAGUCUACAUCUGUGAGUUUGCAACCUUCCCAACAGGAAACCGAGAGAGCCAAGUUAACCUCACUGUUUUCGCCAGACCAGUGAAUGAUGCUGAGCUGACUCCGCACACCAUCAUUGCCAAAGCUGAUCAUCCCAGGAAGAUUGUGGUAGCGACGUGUACAUCAGCCAAUGGGAAGCCACCUGGUGUUAUCACCUGGGAGACGAAGGUCGGUGGGGAGACGGUUAUCAAAGAAUUUCGAAACCAAAAUGGCACCAGCACGGUGACCAGCCAAUUCCUGUUGGUUCCCUCGCGGGAGGCUCACAGGCAGCCACUGACGUGUGUGGUGAAUUACCAGAUGGACCGGACCACCAAAGUGCUGAUGUUAAAUGUGCAGUAUGAACCAGAGGUUACAGUGGAAGGGUUCGAUGGGAAUUGGUACUUGAACAGAGAGAAUGUGAGGCUGACGUGUAAAGCAGAUGGGAACCCACCUGCAACUAAGUAUAAUUGGAAGAUGUUAAAUGGGUCGCUGCCUUUAAACGUGGAACAUCAGAACACCACGCUGCUCUUCAAAGGGGCUGUAACCUACGACCUUGCCGGGACCUACGUCUGUGAGGCUACGAAUGCCAUUGGUACACGAUCAGGUCUGGUUGAAGUCAAUAUUACAGAAUCCCCUCAAAUCCUACCAUCCGACAUCCCGAGUGUGAGCGAGAGUCUGGACGGCAGCAAGAGCGGAGGCAACACUUUGAUGAUUGCAGCAAUUGUGGGAGGUACGGUGCUCAUCGUGAUAAUCGCUGUCAUAGUCUUCAUCGUCCUGCGCAAGAGGCAGCAAACCUUCAAGGGGGACUACAACACCAAGAAACACGUGUUUGGCAAUGGAUACGGCAAGGCUGGCAUCAUGCCUCCUGGCCCACAACAGGUCCCUUACCAGGAGGAAUCCGAUGAGGAUAAAAAGUUGUCUUCCAUGAAUGUAAGUUACGAAAACGAAAGGAAAGUUAUCCGAGACGGUGCAGACUUUGACGCAGACACCAAGCGCCCUUACUUUACUGUGGAUGAGAGCGACACACAGGAGGAGUUUGAUGACCAGACCCUGAGCUUCCAGUAUCCCCCGGAUAUGACAGAAGACAUGGUCUCACAGAACGAUGGCUCCAUAAUUUCAAAGAAAGAGUGGUAUGUGUAGUGCCAGACCCCUUGUGGUACAGGGCAAAAUCAAAGUGUCCUGAUUCAGACCCAGGUGGUUUGCUAUAAAGAACUCUGCAUCAGCUAAGGUCUUAAUGAUUACAUUAUGGUUUAUUUUUUACAUUUCAUUCAAAAAAAAAUUCUAAAGACAAUGAUUUCAUAAAUAUUACAAAAAAAAACUUUUCUGUACAGCACUAACGAGGAGUGCCUCACUCAUUGCUGGCUGGACUUGCUGAAAAAGCUGAUGUCUCAUCACUAUACUGCACAGACAUCAGGUAACUUAUGCUAAACACUGGAACUCGAUCAGGCUGCCAGCACAUCUGUGGCUGCGUUACCUUAACUGUCAUUAAUUUAGUCAUUAAUUUAUAACCACUAAUUAGGAUGGGCGGUGGCUAAUAACUUACUGGCAUGUGCUAGUGAGUGGUUAGAUUUGCUUGUUAAGCAACUGGUUGGUGAAGACAUGUAAUAGCAACUUCUAAAAUUCCAUUAGUUGUAGAGGGUGAGGGGGGAAUUAGCUGCUCACCUUCUCUCCAGCCUUUAGCUGAAUCUGUAUCUAGGUCAUCCGGAAGAUGAUGACAGUAUCUAAAGACCAAAUUCCUUUAAGUCGCACAUAGCUCUAACUCCACAAAGUCAUGUUAGGCACCUUAAGUGACUUGUAAAUUUUUAGGGGGUCACAGUCUUAUUAAUUUUUUUUAAUGCUUUGAAGUAAAAAGAAUUUGCCUGCAAGAAAAUGAAUUUCAUUCCCCUCCUGAAUGGAGUCUUGAUUGUAGCAUACAACAUUCCUGCAUGUAACUUUGUAUUACAUUAAGUCUCAAAAUUGUGUCCUGUUGUGGAGUUACUAAGGUGUGAGGAAUCACUUCCUUUCAUAAAUCCUAGCAAACCUCUACAGCGUUAAACGAUCGAGGUUCAAUUGUUGAGUCUAAUCAGUGCAUGUUUCAGAAUUCUCUUUAACAAAAUGUUCGAUGUUCUGCAUUUUGUUUAAGGUCAGGUGUGUACAAUAAUGUAUAUUUCAAACAUUUAACAUCAUGUUAGCUUUAUUGUAUUAUUUCAAUUUGUCCAUCAUUUAGUCUAAAUUUAAGCACAAGGCAUAGAGGACAAAUUUGUUGGGCAAAUUUACUUCUCACUGGUCCCUGAUCAUUUAAUCCUGAAAGAUGUUAGCGGAGUACAGCAGCGCGAUGCAAGGGGCUUGCAAUCAUUAAUUAGACCAAGUCAGAACAAACCGGCCAGUGCUGAAUGUCUGAAAUAAACCUGCUGAGAAUAAUCAGGAGGGCAGAGAGAGGGAGAGCGAGUCAGCAUGAUGCCUUUCCCAUUGGAGCCAGAAUGAAGAAGAGCCCUUGCAUGCUUUAUUUUCAGCUCUAUGGUAAUGUCCCUGGGACAGAGUGUUGGGAAUUUAACGUACAAGUGUCACGAAAGAGUUGUGUGCCUUCAGCUGCUAGAUGUGCCUACUCUAGCAUGGUAGAUGCCAAGCAAGCCUGCUCACCGACUAAUAAUUUAAGACCUUCCGGCUUUAGGCCUCUUUACAAUUGUUUUCCAAUUUAAAAGGGCAGUCUGUCACUAUUGUGGGCAGCAGGGCUAUGCUGUAAACACAGUGCUGCACCUCCCACAGUACUAACACACAGGCAUUGUGCAGAGCAACAAACAUCACAAUUUAUCAGAUGCUAUCAUGCAGGAACACCACUCUCUUUGUUCCAAAAUUGCCAAUGCAUUAAGUGUUAAUUUUGUUGAAGAACUCCUACAAGAACACGAUGACAGCAAUGUUAUCACUAAGUAAUAAUUGUUACAUUGUACUGCUCUGGCAUGAAGAGCGUGCCUCCACCAACCCUCUCAAUAGAUUCAGACCUGGCGCUAAGAUUUCCGUAAACAGGAAUGCAUUAAACAAGGGCAGUAUGUCUUAAUGUUGAAAGAGAAAGUGGUACAGAGAAGGGACAGUGCAAGGAAGUGAGAGCAGUGCUGGGGGGGCGGGGGGGCUGUACAACAUUGCUAUCAGUCCUUGAGAGUAUAUUGCCAUAAAAAUUGAAAAGGCUGGAGGUACACCACAGAUAUAUAAUGAGCUGAGCUUUGACAAAUUGAUCACUUACCCUUCUCACCACUAUAGGACUUGUGAACUCAGUGCUGAAGUGACCUUGUCAUUGAGUCUAAUGAUCCAGAGAAUGGUGGCAGUUGAAAACAUCUCCCACAGAAGGCUGGCACCAGUAAAUGUACAUGAAGCUAAUGGAUUGAUGUGAAAUCGUGACUGCUUCAUCAGUCAUGUUGUUUCAAGGAGUCAAGUUGAGUUUAUUGUCAUGUGCACAGGUGUGGUGAAGUACAGGAACAAUGGAAAAACCUGCAGCAGCAUCACAGACACUUGGGUUCAGACAACACACAGAUUCUAAAUUAUACAGAAAUUAAACAAUUUGGUGAAGAGAAAAAAAAGCUGUGUGCAAAAUGAGACAUGAACGCAAAAAAUAACACACAUCCUUGGUAGUUUAUGGAAAUAAAACCAGCCACCCUUCACCUAUGUGACUCCUGUUAAUCUAGACAAAAUGCUGGAGGAACUCAGCAGGUCAGACUGCGACUAUGGAGAGGAAUAGAGUCGGCAUUUCAGUCUGAAAUGUUGACUCUUUAUUCAUUGCCGUAGCUGCUGCCUGACCUGCUGAGUUCCUCCAGCAUUUUACGCGUGUUGCUCUGGAUUUCCAGCAUCUGCAGAAUCUCCCGUGUUCCUGCUGAUCUAAACUAGUCCUACCUGGCUUGAGGAAUAAAUGUUAGUGUUGUUAGGACCCUAAGAGCUGUAAAAGUUAUAAAACUAAGCAAUGUGAAACAAUCCUGUCAGCACAUUCACUCUGGCUAAAAUCAAUGGUGUGAGGGACUGUGUUACACCCUGUGUCACGUAACUUGCUUUUCAGGGAGUCACAUGAGAGUUGAUUUAUAGAUGGCUCACUGGAUGUCAAAAUGCAGUCUGUGUAGGCGGUAUUUGACUUUUUUUUAUAAAUAUUACACCAACUUGUUGCAUGUCCAUCAAUUCCUGACUCAUCUUUGCCUUACCCAAUGCAAACCUAUCCUGAGGGAGAAUAAUUUGGAUAUGUGCUUAAUGCUCCCUCUUUCCAGCAUAAUGUAUUUCUCAGCAUGGUGUAGUGCCAACUGAAAUGUUGCAAAGCUUAACCAUAAUUAAGGUGCAUUCAUAAAACCUCCUGGUUAAGUGACUGUUCACUGGCCAUCCCGAGCUAGAGUUUGGUCAAGGUUGAAACAAUGUCAGAGGAUUCAAGAGAGAAAAAACUUUUCCAGAAAGCUUUUUCCUCCUAGAGCUACGUAUUCUGGACCAGAAUAUAAAAGCAAGGGUGGACUGCUACAGCUUUACAAGACAUUAGUCAAAUCACAUUUAGCAUGCCAUGAGCAAUUUCGUGCCCUGUAUCUAUGGAAAUAUGUGCUGUCCCUGGAGAGGUUCACAUAAUGACCGUAGGAAUGAAAAGUUUAACAUCUAAGGAGUGUUUUGUCUCUGGGCCUGUACUUGAUGGAGUUCAGAAGGAUGUGGGUUUGGGGAGGGGGGGAAUCCCAAUGAAACCUUCCGGAUACUGAAAGACUUGGAUAGAGUAGACACAGAGAGGAUGUUUUCAUUCGGAGAGAGUCUGGGAUCUGAGGGCACAGCCUCAGAGUAAAGGGAUGUCCUUUAAAACUGAGAUGAAGAGGCAUUUCUUCAGGCAGAUGGUGGUGAAUCUAUGACAUCAGUUGUUAUUGAGAGUUGUGGUUUUCAAAGUCACUGGGUGUCUUAACGGCAGAGAUUGAUAGGUUCUUGAUUAGUAUUGAGGCUAAGGGUUACAAGAAGAUAGUAGGAAAAUGAGGUUAAAAAUAAUCAGCCAUGACUGAAUUGCAGAAUGGUCUCAGUGGGCCAAAUAGCCUAAUUCAGCUCUUGUAUCUUCUGGUCUUAUUUGGCAAACUGAUCUGUUAUGAAAACGUUCAACAGAAACUCAUGAUUUGGACAUAUCAAUGCUUCUCACUGCAGUGCAAGUGAGCUGGUUAUUAUUUGGUUUACAAAGGCCUACAUUUUUUUUUAAAUCUCCUGUUCUUCAAUUAAUUUAAAAUGGGGUGUGAUAGUUGUCGACCCAUUGACUAGAGAGCCUCCCAGCUCUUGCAUCAGUGAAACCUUGAACUCUGUUUCAAGUACACGAUUGACCAAGGCAGAGGGAAAGUGGCAAAAUCAUAGAGCUUUAUCAGUCAAAGUUCAUCAUGGACUGGAUGCAGGGAUGCAUUUUUCCACAGCUCAGGAGUCGAGAUCUAGGUACCAGAAUCUCAGAAUAAGGGGUUGGCCAUUUGGGGCUGAGAUUUAUUGCACUCUGGGAGUGGUGAAACUUUGAGAUUCUCUAUCUCAUAGAGUUGUGGUGGUUCUUUCAAAGUAGAGGAAAUGAUGUGUGGGGAUGGUGCAGGAAAGUGGAACUGAGAGGGGAUUUCAGCCAUGGCCUACCCCUACUCCACAUUCUAAUAUUCUGCAUUGUGGUUAAAGUUCACUGAAACCAAGGCGCUAAAAAGUCAAAUGUAGUUGAUAUAUAUUUCAUAAAUUUUAGGAUGAUUUUUAUAGUUUAGAGAAACCCAUUAAUCAGAUUUGUGUUUUAUUCUGUAUUUUUUUUCCAUAUUUUCUUUUAAUAUAGAGAGGUCAUUCAACCCAUCAAACAGGCUCUCGGAGCAGUCAUGUCCCCGCCCCCCCCCCCCAACUUAUUUCCCCGUUCUCUAUCUGUUAUAACUUAAUGGUGUGAACUGGUAUUUUACAACUGUCUCAAACUUAUAAACAAAGCUGAAGCCUGACACCAAAACGACAAAUGGUUAGAAAGAUGGUCAGGUGGCUCCUAUGGGAGGGAGAAAUGGUGGGAUAAGAUUGAGAUUGUUCCCCUCUCAGUGAGCUACUGGAGUGUUUGAUGAUUUCAAUUCAGCUCAAUUUUUAAUAAUUUUCUGAGGACUUUUUUUCAAACAAUUUUCUUUUAAGCUAUCUAACAGAUCAGAAAAUUCUUAGUUUACUAACUUUUUCUUUGGAUUUAAUGCCAUGAAAGAAUUUAAUGAUAUGAAAAAGUUGCUCUGUAGCAUGAAUUCUGGGCUUAAACAGACAAAGUGAUUCUGUGCAACCUCACCUCCCUCAGAACAAGCCAGCUGGAGACUUGGGUUGGAGGGCCAGGGAAGUAGUGAUCUGACUGAAUAGAUUAGAUUAGUGUUGGUUGUCACAUGUACAACAAAACGUACAGUGAAAUGCUUUAUUUUGUGUCAAUGACCAACACAGUCCAAAUAAGUGUUGGGGGCAGCCCGCAAAUGUUGCCAUGCUUCCGGCACCAAUAUAGCAUGCCCACAACUCACUUACACUAACCCAUACAUUUAUGGAAUGUGGGAGGAAACUGGAGCACCCAGAGGAAACCUGCACAGCCACGGGAAGAACGUACAAACUCCUUACAAUGUUGGGAAUUAAACCUCUGUUGCUGAUCUCUGGUCACUAGUGCUGUAACGCAUUACCCUUACCACUACACUGCCACAUUAGCCCACGGGAGGGUUCUGACGACAGAGGUUUAAAUAUCAGGUAGUUAGCAACAUGACUAUUAAACGUAGAACCUGUUUUCUGGGUAAGCUACUUAAUGGACCAGGAAAACAGGAAGCACUUCUGGAGUACCAGAUGAGGGAUAUUAAGUAGAUAAAUCGAGAAGCACUGAGUUUGGGCUUUCCAAGUCCCCAAGCAUUGGGUUUAAUGCCACUGCUGUCUUAUUGCAAUGUGAUACCUUUAUAUCAUUUACUUUUCAGUUUUCUUUCCCUAAAGAGCACUUUUUCUUUGGUGCAUGCUUCAGCUGGUAGACAGUUUCCAGGGGACCAAAAGAGAAAGAGAGAUGGGGACCAACUGUGUGUGUGCAUCUGUCUGAGAGAGAAAUGGGGGGGGGGGGCUGGUGGGGGUGGAAGGACCAAAUAGCUAAUGAAUCUUGCUAUUGUUGAUUUGCUAUUCAAUGCCCUUUGUGCAAUUUACUGCUUUUUAUUCUCCCUCUAUUGGUCUCCCUGGAAACUGAUAGAGCUUGCAGCUUUGUCUUUUUCGGGUGAAAGGUUCCCUAUGGGCAUCACUGGGUAGUGCUCGACUUAUUGGCAGUUGUUAGCACGUGUGAGUGAAUUGGUUUGUGAAAAGAAUAGCACUAAUUCAGAAUGGGGAUUAUUAAGAUUUAAGCUUCCAUAAAUGAUGAAUAUUUCCUAUGAACUUAACUUAACUAAGUAUUAUAGCUCUUGGGUACUCCUGGAUUCUUGCCAGUUGGGCAGUGUGGUGGGAGUGUGAUUUAUUUAAUUAUGGCUUAUGGAGUUCAAUGCACAAGUCUGAGGUCAUUCACUUAGAACCCAAGAAAGUUAAAUCAUGAUGCUUCUUAAAUAGGUGUUAAACAGGGACUGUAGAAGGACAAAAGGACUUGGGAGUCCAUAAUUCAUUAAAAGUCAAGGAAUGAGGGCAAGAAACUUUUAAAAAAAGGCUAAUUGAAUGUUUGGUCUUAUCUCAAAGCGACUGGAAUACUAAAGGGAGAUAUGCUAUUUGUACAGAGCCUUUUUUAAAAGAUCCACUGCAAUAUUACAUUCAAUUUCCGCCACUACACUUUAGAAAGGAUGUCUUGCAGCGGAGAUCUCUAGAAAGGUACCAGGGAUUAGCGGGUGACAUUAUGCGGACAGGCUGUAUAGCCUUGUUUAUCAGUGACUCAGUGCUAAUCUGAUCAGGGGUUUUGAAAAGAAAUGUGGGACGGAUUAACAGGUUCGAUAUGACAAAACUCUUCUCUGAGAGGAUCGAAAAUGAGAAAGUGUUUAAUUGUAGCUUUGCCGUUGAGAAAUAAAAUUAGGAAGCACUUCUGGCCAAAAAAAAAACAAAAUCUAGAAUUUCAGUAUCCCUAAAAAAAAUCUGAAUCAUCUAGUAAGUAAUUAGAUCUUUCAAAAGAGUGAUAUAUUUUUGUAAAUACAGAAGGUCAUGGGAAAUGAGGAAAAGAGAGAAGAAAGGAAUUGACUGAAUGGCAGGUCAGGGCCCGUAAAGCCAAUGGACCAUUGUCUUCCUGUGUUUUGUGUCAGUGAGCCUGGAAAUCCACUCGGGUUUGGGAAGCAAAUCAAAAUGACUUGUGUUGCAAUCAAAUUUGACAGCCUUUGGAGGGAAAUUAAUUAGUUAUUGCUAAAUCAAAUGGACAUGGAGAAGAUGUAGGGGAGUCCAGACCAAAAGACAGUCUAAAAGCCAGCACGUCCCUUUAGAAUAAAGCUGUUAAGUAAUUUCUUCAACUGAAGGCUGAUGAAUCUGUGGAAUUCCUUGCCACAAAUGGCUGUGGAGGCCAAGUCAAUGGGUAUAUUUAAAGCAGAGGUUGAUGAUUUCUUGAUUAGUAAGGGAGUCAAAGGUUACAGGGAGAAGUCAAGAAAAUGGGGUUGAGAAAGAUCAUAAAUCAGUCAUGAUGAAAUGGUGGAGCAGACUCAAUGGGCCAAAUGGCCUAAUUCUGUUCCUAUAUCCUAUGGUCUUCUGGUCAAAUAUCUGAAGUUUUCAAGUAUUUAGAAGGGAAGGAAAAUAAGACAGAAAAUACUGCAAACACUCAGCAGUCGGAUUUUAUCUGUAAAAAGAAUCUUGGACCAGAAACACUAACUGUUAUCACAAGAUUCUCCAGUUGCCAGAAACCUUGAGCAACCCGCACAAAAAGCUGGAGGAGCUUAGCACUUCAGGCAGCAUCUAUGAAGGGGAGUAAACCAUUGACGUUUUGAACCAAGAAACUGAUGAAGGAUCUCAGUCCAAUGUGUUGACUGUUUAUUUCCCUUCAUAGAUGCUGCCUGACUUGCUGAGUUACUCCAGCAUUUUGUCUGAGAAAUACUGUUUGUGUUUCCACUGUUGCUGCUUGACUUGUGUGUUUCUGCAAUUUCCUGUUUUAUCAGAUACACAGGAUGGAAACAAGCCCUUUGCCCCAACUUGUCCAUGCUGACUCAGAUACCUAUCUCAACUAGUUUCAUUUGCUUCUAUUUGGCCAUAUUUGAACCUUUCAUAUCCACGUAUCCAUCCAAAUGUUUUUUAAAAGUUGUACUUGUUCCCACCUUUGAGCUCUCAGUUCCAUAUGCAAACCACCUUCUUCGUGGAAAAACUUGCCUGUCAGAUCCCCUGUAAUUUUUCCCCACCUCACCUUAAACCUGUGCCCUCUGGUUUUAGACUCCCAAAUCUUGAGGGGUGGGGUGGAGGAAUCUAUUUCAGAUUUCAAACCUUUGUAGUUUUUUUCUGAUCUUCAAACAAGGGAAGUUAUUGUGUACACAAAAUAAGAGAAUUAGUUGUCAACUGCAGGAGUAGAGUUUUGGAACAGAAUUCACCGUUGCAAUCCUACACAUUUGCAGCUUCUCAUGAAAAGGAACAGCAUUCUUUGACCAGAACCAUCUGUAUAGAUUUACUAUUUAGAAAGAAAAAGAAGGCAGUCUGUGCGUGGGGGCGGGAGGGGUCUAUCUGUAAAUGUCCUUGGAAACAUGUAGCUUACAGAAUUGUCGAUCACAAAAAGAAAAGUCUGAAGUAGAGUUCGUAAGUAGUACUUAAAAUUCUAUGUGGCUCUUUGGAGGAAUUGUCACUAAUCCUUACACAGUAAAACCUGAUGGACAAGCACAUUCUUCUGAUAAAAUAAAAUUGAUAUUCAAGCACUGAACAGUUUCUUAGGACUGUCCAAGUUACUCCUUUUUUAAUUGUUUUAUUUGUAUCCUGUAAAGAAUAUUAAUCUACCAUGGGAAAUCUUUCAAUGGCACAACAAAUCGCUGGUAUCCCAUUCCUGUCUUAGCUUGACCUGGUUUCUUGGUGCAGUAUCCCAGUCCUGGCUGGAUUUGGCCUGGUUCCUGCCUGCAGUAUUGCUAGCUAGGCUUUGAGAGUUGCGGACCUUUAUUUCAAUUCCUGGAUUUUAGAUUUGGAGGAGUUGACACUGUUUUUGUUAAUUUUUUGGGUGUGUGAACUGAGAUGUGGGAAUUGGAAGAUUAUCAUGCUCUCUCUUCCAUUCCAGUUACACUGUUCUCAACCCAUCAUACUCUGCCAUUGUGCACUAGCAUGACAUUCCUAAUUCCUCAUGACAAAUUAAUUUACAAUGGGGCAAGAUAAGGUAACCAUAGCAGGUUGUUUUGAGCACCAAGUUGCCAUGGUUACACUUAAAGUAUUUUUGUUUUGAGUUUGGUGCUGCAUUUACUGUGUCCAUUGAAUCUUGUUAACUAUUGUGCAAAUAAAAACCAUUUUGUAAAAUGUAUUGUGUAACUGUUUUGUACAAUGUUGCUGAUGCAAUCUGUUUUAUUGGCUGCUUUCUUUCCUGUUGGUUCUCUUUAUACGGAUUCUCUGGUUGCAGAUGGUUCGUUGGUGGAUUUUGCCUAACCUGUUAUGUGCCGAAUUGUGUGAAAAUGUUUAAAAAUCUUACAUGGGAGGGGGAACUUUUUUUUAAAAUAAAAAAUGCAAAUGAAAACUUA